AUGUCGACGACGAACCGACUGAACGUGGUGCCGACGGUGACCGUCCUGGCGGUCAUCAAGAACCGGCUGGCGGGCGCGCAGAAGGGGUACAAGCUCCUGAAGAAGAAGGCUGACGCGCUCACCAUGCGGUACCGUCAGAUCCUUCGGCGCAUCUUGGACGCCAAGAAGACGAUGGGUCGGACGAUGCGGGACUCGGCGUUUUCGCUGACGCAGGCCAAGUACGUCGCCGGCGAGGGCAUCAAGUACACCAUCGAGGACACCGUGGGGACGUCAUCGAACGUCCGCGUGCGCUCCCACGUCGACAACGUCGCCGGGGUCAAGCUCCCUCGAUUCGAGCAUUACCUCGCGGGCACAACCUCGGAGGCCGCGGACUUGACCGGCUUAGGCCGGGGCGGCGCGCAGGUUCAGGCGGCGAAGAAGCAGUACCUCGCCGCGAUCACCCUGCUCGUGGAGCUCGCGAGCCUGCAGACCGCGUUCAUCACCCUCGACGUCGCCAUCAAGACGACCAAUCGCAGGGUAAACGCGCUGGAAAACGUCGUCACCCCGCGGCUGGAGAACACGGUGCAGUACAUAAAAGGGGAGCUGGACGAGCUGGAGCGAGAGGAGUUCUUUCGUUUAAAGAAGGUGCAGGCGAAGAAGAAG